CGUGGCAACUGUUUGGGUUUUGAUGACUGGAGAGUCAAUAGAUUUAAUUAAUUUUCCCUCUUUGCCUAAUUUUGUUUUUCUCCAAAUUGUUAUUCUCAUUUAUAUUUUUUAAUUGUUCUUACAAUUAACUCUGUGAUCAACUGUGAUAUUUACACUCCAAACGGUUUGUAUGAUUAGAUCUGUGGUCAUCUACUAUUGAUUGGAUUUUUCUCUCUCUCUUGUUGUAAUAUUUAUGUGUAAUUGUAUUCUUCUGGUUAUUGAUUGGUAAUCAUCAUCAUCUUUGGGAAGAUGUUGGACUUUUUUGUAAUCUUUUCUAAAGGAGGAAUUGUCCUCUUUGCUACAGUAAAUCAGGCAAUCUCUCAUGUUGUCAAUAAAUUGAUUAAACAUGUUAUCCUUGAGGAGAGACGGGAUGAAUUUACUUGUGACAAUUUGGCUUUAAAAUAUCAUCUUGACAAUGAAUUUGACCUGGUAUUUGUGGUCGGCUAUCAGAAGAUGUUAUCAUUAUCUUAUGUGGAUAAAUUUCUUGACGAUAUUCAACUUGCUUUUCGUGAUAAAUUUACGGAUUAUGAUUUGAGGAAGAUACUAAAAUCUAAAGGGAUACAACAACAGGCCUCAACUUUAGAAAGCCUUGUAUCAAAUUCAUCUUCAUCUGUAACUUCAUCCCAAUCAUCACCAUCGUUGUUAUCGUUAAAUCUUGUUGAUUUUUAUCAUGAAUAUAAAACUAUUUAUACACGAUGCUGUAAACAACAGCAAAAUAUACCUCAACCUGAGAUGCGAUCUUUUCAACAGUCCGCUAAAUCUCAGAAGACGGUUAAAUCGAUGAUCAUCUCUUCGAGCAAAUUUUCGGUUGCACCUCCGCCAACACCCGUUGUCGUGCCCAAGGUUGACCCAAAACCCGAAGCUAUUCCAAUUUUGUCUAAACUUUCUCCUCGAGGUGUUCGACCUGAGAAACCCAAGAAAGAAAAGGCCAAGCCUAUUGCUAAAGGGAAGAAAACUAAGGAGGCUCGACAAUGGGAACUUGGUGGUAAGAACGCCGAAGAUUUGGACUUUAGUAAAAAAGAGAAUGGAGAUAUGGAGAAUGUUUCUUCCAUUGCAAAGAAUAUCGCUUCAGGUGAUAUGGGUGCCACUAUUGAAGAAUGCGAUGUUGAACCAGACCUCGAGUUCGAGUGUAGUGACGAUGAAGAGGAAGAAGAGGAAGACAUUGAAAUUUCCACUUCCACCAAUAAAAAGUCUUUCUUUGGUUCUCUCAUCAAAAGCAUGUCCAUCAACAAGGCAUUAACACGAGCCGAUUUGGAUCCGAUCUUGAAUCAACUUCGUGAUCACCUAAUAUCCAAAAAUGUUGCCUCGGAAAUUGCAAGUAAAUUAUGUGACAGCGUCGCAACCAAAUUGGAGGGACAAAAUGUCAACACUUGGAUUGGUUUGAAAUCAUUUGUUCGCAAUGCACUUGAGGAAUCUAUGCUUCGAAUCCUCAGUCCAAAUCGUAAUCUAAACAUUCUUCGAGAUAUUCAGGCCAAAUCGAUUCUACCCUAUGUAAUUGUUUUCUGUGGGGUCAAUGGUGUCGGUAAAUCAACCAAUUUGGCGAAAAUUGCAAACUGGCUUGUGGUUAAUGACAAUAAAGUUUUAAUUGUCGCUUGUGACACUUUCCGUGCUGGUGCAAUUGAACAACUUCGUACCCAUGUUACCGCUUUGAAGACAAUCCAUGAGAGAGAUGGUAAAAAGAAGGUCGAUCUUUAUGAGAAAGGUUAUGGAAAAGAUUCUGCCGCCAUCGCAAUGGAGGCAAUCAAUUAUGCUCGAACCGCUGGUUAUACAGUGUGCCUUGUUGAUACAGCGGGCCGAAUGCAAGACAAUGAACCUUUGAUGAAACAAUUGGCCAAAUUGAUUAAAAUCAACGAACCCGAUCUAACCCUUUUCGUUGGUGAAGCCUUGGUUGGUAAUGAAGCCGUUGACCAAUUGGGUAAAUUUAACACUGCUUUGCUGGACAAUGGGUGUCGUG